AUGCCAAAUCGAGAUCAGAAUAUUCGCAAUCGAGUUCCGGCAGUUCAUCUAGAAGUUCUCGUACUGCGAGCACAGAUGGACAUCGCAGCGAGAGGCAAAAACGAACGCGAUCAAGACAAUCCUCUCGUAGGCCUGAUAUUUGACUUCAAUAUCUACCUCCACCUCCACCAAUCUCAAGGUCCUCGGGCUCCGGGUCAACUUCCGCUAGGACCAAUACCUGCUCCAAGAUAUCCACAGGAACCACCACAUGCUUCGUACUGCCCAGCACCUCCUUUCUAUUGCUCGCACACACCCGUUUAUUCCCUACAAACGGAAAUUUCAAAAUUUGAAAGGGACAAAUUGUGGGUAAUUGAAAAGCUUACUGAAACUACUCGGGAACUUGCUUUGCAAGUGGAGAGACACAAUAAUAAUGUGGAUGCUAUGCGUUAUCAGACCCCUGUCUACUAUCCUGAAUUUUCGUUUCUUCCGACCUAUAACAUUUAA